AACAAGAACUCUUCUCCGAUUUAACCUCCUCAAAAACCUGAGAUUAAAAAACCAUCACCUCAGGUUUCUCUAAUUCCCCCCCCCCCUUUCAAGAAAAAAUCAAAACUUUAAUUCUUCUUCCAUUAACACCCAAAUCCCAAUGCUAAAUUCUCUAUAAUCUGAUAAAAAAGAAAAUUCUUUGGGUUCAACCCAGCAAUUCAAUUUCUUCCUUAUAAAAAACCCAGAAAAAAAGAUUGUUUUUAAAAAAAAAAAAUCCAAUGAGAAGUUUAUUUACGAUCGGUUUAAUAGCAUCAUGGUACGCCUCGAACAUUGGGGUUUUGUUAUUGAACAAGUUCUUGUUAAGUAAUUAUGGGUUCAAGUACCCAAUUUUCCUCACCUUGUGCCAUAUGAUGGCUUGUUCGUUGCUGAGUUAUAUUGCUAUUGAAUGGCUGAAAAUAGCUCCGAUGCAAAGGGUGAAGUCACGGUUGCAGAUGAUGAAGAUAUCAGCUUUGGGGUUCAUCUUUUGUUUGUCGGUCGUCGGCGGGAAUAUUUCGCUUAGGUACCUUCCUGUGUCGUUUAAUCAAGCUGUUGGUGCUACUACGCCGUUUUUCACGGCGGUUUUUGCGGUGGUUAUGACUUCUAAAAGGGAAGGUUGGAUUACGUAUGUUACACUCGUGCCUGUUGUCGCUGGUGUUAUUAUUGCCAGUGGGGGAGAACCAUUGUUUCAUCUGUUUGGAUUUAUGAUGUGUAUUGGUGCCACAGCAGCAAGAGCUCUUAAAUCAGUGCUUCAAGGCCUUUUGCUGUCUUCCGAAGGGGAAAAGCUCAACUCCAUGAACCUAUUAAUGUACAUGGCACCUAUAGCUGUCCUGGCCCUUUUCCCAGCAGCUCUUUACAUGGAAAAAGGUGUAGUUGGCAUCACCAUUGCACUUGCAAGAGAUGAUUGGAAGUUCUUAAUAUAUCUCCUCUUCAAUUCAGCACUUGCUUAUUUUGUCAACUUAGCCAAUUUCUUGGUCACCAAGCAUACCAGUCCCUUGACUCUCCAGGUGUUGGGAAACGCGAAAGGCGCGGUGGCCGUGGUUAUAUCGAUCUUGAUAUUCAAAAAUCCAGUAUCAAUUACCGGGAUGCUUGGAUACUCACUCACAGUGGCAGGGGUUAUUCUUUAUACUGAAGCUAAAAAACGCAGUAUGUAAAUAAAGGGGCCAUUAAGCAAUAGGGAUAUAUAUAUAUAUAUAUAUAUAUAUAUAUUUGGGUACAAAUUCAACAAAUAUUAUGUGUUUUUUAGUGUUGGAUUAGGCUGUUGAGUGAAACAAAAUUGAAGGAAGAAUUUUGUAAUUUUUGUUGAACCAAUGUGUCUUCUUUUAUGGAGAAUUUGGCAAAAUUUGAUUAGA